CUCUGGCAGAGUAUUUGCCUCUCACCAGCGGUCCAGCAUUCGGGGAUUUCCUUUAAUCCACUGGAUUUAAGAUACCUAACCGGGGCCCUACCCCGUGCGAUGUUCACUCGAGUCUCCUCCUGGAUUCACGUGUACAUCACCUUCGAGCGCUGCCUGUGUAUCGCGAUACCACUGAAGAUCAAAUCUAUGGUGACGCCGGCUGUGUCUGUGACCUCCAUGGCGCUCAUCUACCUGCUCCUGAUGCUGACCAUCCUACCCAUGUACCUGUCCGCCCACAUCGAGUGGACAACCAACCCAGCCACCAACACCUCCCGUUACACCCGGGUCUACAACGCCGAUGGACAUUACUUAGAGAGCAUAGGCCUGUCGCUCUCGUUCGCGGUUAUAAUUUCAUCCUACUUCCUCGAAGUCAUCUGCACUUUAAUUAUCAUCCGACAGCUACGAGAGAAAAGAAAAUGGCGAAAUGAAACAUCUGGAGUUGUCGUUCCUGGAUCCGAAAAUAGAAUCUCGACAAGGGACAGAAAAGUGAUCAAAAUGGUCAUGGUUGUGUCGAGUCUGUUCAUCGUCUGCUCCUUCCCGGGGUGUGUCCACUACAUUGUUGGGAUCGUUGGCAGUGAGCACUACAAUCCCGUGGUCAGCCCUAAUUUGUUUUUCUUGGUUUCCUCAGCCGUGGAGACGUGUGAGCAAAUCACCUACGCCACCAAUAUUUUUAUUUUCUACCAAAUGAGCUCGAGGUACAAGUUGGUUUUCUCUCAAUUUUUCACAAAAGCAAUUUCGCAUGGUGUUUUUGUUCAGGGGUCAUCCGCCGUUAUUGAAUAA